GGCUCCACACUGUAUUGCGCUGUGCAGGCUGUACAAACUGACCAUCACUAGUAUUACUGAGCGUUUUUCGCUGAAGUUGAAAGACAUGAAAUUACUUUUUCUCUGGAUGGAUACGCGCUGUAUUGGGAGGUGACAGCGGUGAUUUAGGAAUCCGAAUAUGUUCAACGGUCCUCUCGUCUCCGGAGUGCUAAAGCUGUGUAAGGUCCUGUGUUUUAAUGCGAGCAUCCCGGAGGAGUUUUGUGUGUCAACGGGACCUUGAGACACACCCACACAGCUACACGCACACACACACAUUGAUGUUCAGCCGCUCCUUUUUACAGUAGACCUGGCAGACCUCUAAUCUCUAAAAGAUUGAUGAGGUCCUGUCCAGGCAGGAGGCCUGGCACAGCGUCGAUAAGGCAGCUUUCAUUUCACCACAUUUUAUCCCUCGUUCCUUCCUUUCUUCUCCUCUUUUCCUCUAUGCUGAGGGACGCAGGGGCUGGCUUUAAAGCAUGAGAGAGGUGUAGGAAUUGGGAAGGCCCCCUAGCGAGAAGGACAGUGUUUUAAGAAACGAGAACCAUGAAAUGCCCCGGAAAUUACAGCUCAAUGUCGGACAGCCGUGUGGUAGCUGAGCAGGACCGUAGAGUCGGCAUGUCACUGUCAAACUAUUGGAGCUGGAAUAUAAUAAAACUACAGAGGCACACUCAGAGCUGAGACGAGCCACACACACACACACACACACACACACACGCACACACACACACACACACACACACACACACACACACACACACACACAGGACAAUGUGCAACAUCUCGUUCUGUGAUGUGGACAGUAAAGUGGACCAGUUCUUCCAGCCGACGCUUUAUAUCAUAGUCAUCGUUCUGGGGCUGCCGACUAACUGCAUGGCCCUGUGGGCUGCCUACAUGCAGGUACGGCAACGCAAUGAGCUCGGCAUCUACCUGAUCAAUCUGUCAGUGGCUGACCUCCUCUAUAUCAUCACUCUUCCUCUGUGGAUCGACUACUUUCUACAGCACGAUGACUGGAUCCACGGUCAGGAGAGCUGCAAGCUAUUCGGCUUCAUCUUCUACACUAACAUCUACGUCAGCAUCGCCUUCCUCUGCUGUAUAUCACUGGACAGGUACCUGGCUGUGGCAUAUCCUCUGCGCUUUGCCAAGGUUCGACGAAUCAAAACAGCUGUCUUGGUCAGCGCCAUGGUGUGGAUAAUUGAAAUCGUAGCCAACUCUGCUCCUCUCUUCCACGAUGAGCUCUUCCAGGAUCGGUUCAACCACACCUUCUGCUUUGAGAAGUAUCCCAUGCAGGACUGGGUGGCAGGGAUGAACCUCUACAGGACAUUUCUGGGCUUCCUUGCUCCAUGGACAGCCAUGCUUGUGGCCUACCGUGGGAUCCUGGCAGCAGUGCGCUGCAAUGUCUCAACAGAGCGUCAGGAAAAGGCCAAAAUUCAGCGUCUGGCGUUGAGUCUGAUCCUGAUCGUUUUACUCUGCUUUGGACCGUACCACAUCCUCCUCUUGGUGCGGAGUGUCAUGUUUCUAAGGAAGCCAUGUGACUGCGGCUCAGAGGAAAGCUUGUUUGCAGCGUACCAUGUAUCGUUGGCGCUAACCAGCCUCAACUGCGUCGCCGACCCCAUUUUGUACUGUUUCGUCAACGAGGGGGCGAGACACGACGUUGGUCGAGCACUCUCAGCUUUACUUUCUGCAGCUUGCAACAGGGGCUCCUCUUCCUCACCAUCACACGGCGACAUACUCAACGCUGGUUCAGUGACUGUGGAAACGCCGCUGUCAGCUAAGAAGCAGCCUUGUGUGUACGCUGAUGGAGCCAAGACAAGCAGCUACAAGACAGAACUGGUGGCUCUGAAGGAGGAGUGUCUACAGAUGACCAUCCUCAGCGUUAGGAAGUGACUUCAAGCUGGAGCAUACUGUAAGAGGUACAAACUGCUCAGCUAAGUGGAUGGAGGAAGCCCCACUCACAGGGUCUGAUGUGAUCUGCCCUGAAAUUAGAUGCAUUUAUGAGGCUGUAGAUGUUUGGUGUAAAAGCUUCCAUUAAAUGUCACAUUAACAAGCCAGCAUGGGAAAGAGAUUUAUAAAAUAAACAAGACAUAUUGUCUGUUCAGACACCAGAAAACACAAUUGUUGGGUGAAGGGAAAAUGGAGAGACUACUUGGCUAUUGUUAGAUCUUUACCACUAGUAAGGAAAGCAUAUGAAAGUUUGGUAUCUUUUGUACGGUGACCAUCUUAGCCCAUUGACACUGACAGCUUGUCAGGCUCAGUUCUUUGUUGCUGAUUUAGUGUAACGUUCAAUACUUCAAGUUGUAGUCUGUCAGCCUCUACACAGCUGCGCUGCACGCUAAUGUUAGCAUGUUAACAUGUUAACAUGCAAACAUGCUAUAUUAUCAUUAAUUCCAGAGUGCAGCUAAUGACUGGAUUCAUUAGCUUCAGAGGGAUCCUCAUAGAGUGUUGGAUCAGCUGGUCAGGGGAUCACCAAAGUCAUCAGCAUUCAGCCUCAGUGGACCACAAAUGUCUGGACCAAAUGUCAUCCCAAUCCAUCCAGUAGAUGUUGAGAUAUUUUCAUCUGGACCAAAGUGUUGGACCAACAGAUUAACAAACCAGCUGACAUCCCUACAGUCAUCUCACUGGUGUGGCUAAUAGGGAUCUUAUCAAACACCAUGUGGACAUCUACCCAUUGUGCCAGGAGUUAUUUACAAUGCCUAAGAAGACGUUCUUGAAUAUUUAAGUGGAAUUAUUUAAACAGACAACAUUCUGCAUGACUGAGUAUUUUCAGUGGUCUGAGAGAAGACACCUUUGGAUUCAGACUGCAUGGACACCCUACCUGACAAAGGGCAGUUGCAGAAGAUUGGGGUUUGACGCCCAAAUGCACCACUUUGGAAUAUGGAAGAAGAGCAGAAUGGUAAUAAAAAAGAUUGUAUAUUACCGGUCAAUAAAACAUUUUUAAUGCUUGUUG